AUGAGCAUCAAGCGCAAAUCUAACUUGCCACGACUUUCGUCGUCGGACAACGCGGGUGACAACGCCGACAACAACUCUGAAGAUGGGUUUCCGGGGGGAGGCAACGCAAAUGGGGUAUACCCAGACGACGAUGGAGCUGCGCAUGAUCCCAAACUACCCUGGCACCCCAUACUAGGACCCAAGGAGAAAUCAGAAAUGUUGUUCCACGUUCGUGGCACCUAUUCAAACUGGGGCCCCAGAGAAGCCUAUCGCGAGCUGGUUCAGAAUUGGUAUGAGCAUUCGAAAUUUCCCAUUCCGGACCUUUUUCACCUGCAUUCACUUUAUCACCACAUCCUAAGCAGUCUACGCAGGCGCGACGCGAUCAUCGAGUCGAACGAACUCGACCCACGAGACUUUUGCGUGACAUACCAGGCGAUCCCUCCUGGCUGCUCAGGGAAAACUGAGAUUGUCUACAAAGCUUUCGUCAGACAUCCGGACAACGAAGCAGGGUGUCUGGGCUUCAUCCGCUACAUCGGCGAAGAUGGUGUUGGAACUAUAGAACUCUCGAAUCUGAGGGCCACACUAUAUCCCGGCCACCUCGACUUCGGUGGUACGACAAAGACGGGGCGUCAAAACCAAGCAGGAGCCCACGGAGAGGGUCUCAAGCUGGCCGCAAUGAUCUUGAUGCAGAGCAGCAAUCACCACAGCGUGUUUAUUUGCUCCGGUGGUGUCAACUACACAUUUAACUUCAACAAGAUAGGAAAAUUGGUUGCCCGACUGUAUCGUAACGACAAGACUGAGCCUCAUCAACAGCUCAAAACAUUGCGCAUUCCGACACCUGCCGUCAUGCCGAUGGGCGAUGUUCAAUUCAUUAUUGGAAAGAAGAAGCCAGGCCGGAACGAACGGGGCAUUCUAGACCCCAAGCGACCUCGAGUUCCGGUCAAACUGGCAGACUUCCAGUCUUGGUCAGAGGUCUCAUUGGAUCUUAUCAAGGCCAAAAUUGGCGAUCAGAGUAUCAUCUAUACCCCUUACGGUGAUCUUCUUACAUCUCCAGACUUUUGCGGAAAACUGUACCUCAAGGGGCUUCUGCUACGCGAGAGUACCGAAUCCUGUUCAGCGAGCAUGACUGGUUUUCGUCUCGUUUUUGGGUACAACUUCGCAUACGGGAAGACUAAUCGUGAGCGACAAUCAGUUGCUAACGCGUAUGAAGAGGCGAGCAGCUAUGGCAGGAUUUUAUGCCAUGCUUUGCUGGCCAAGCCGGAUUUGGCCGGCAAGGUCUGUGAUCACCUUAACUCUACCGAACCUCAGUAUGCUGAAGCACAGUGUGCUACACACCUCUGGUCUGAAGAUUCUGCGCGCUUGUUCAAGCCGCAUCUUCUUCGUGGGGAAUUUGCGGAUCGCUGGUUCUACUGCAGACAAGAACAGUUCGAGAAUCCCAACCUCGUCCAGAUCGUUAGAAGCAUGGGCCGGCAACCUUUCGAGCUGACCGAUAGGCUAUGGGGGAUCCUAGUACAACAUGACCUCGUCUACACCGCGGAGGAAGAGGGGAGGCGGCGAUACGAGAAAGCUCCGACAACACAAGUCCCGAAUACCAGCUUUGCGAUAUCUAUGCACCGUCUCCUGCGGGCCUGCUUCCGCGCCUGCCCCCAAACCUCCACGAUGAGGGUCGAGUUUGCUGAUGCUGGCGAAAUCUGUCUCGACAUCUACGUCUCACAAGCCGAGCCGCUGACACGUAUCCAUCAGCGAUGGCUUUAUAUCGAGUCUGCAGUCACAGAGUUAGGCCUUGUUGGAGAUGUGUCGGAGGCUGAGACCGUCGAGCUGACAGUGAAGAGACUUUUUGGUGAUGUGCUUCAUCGCUUGCCACGAGAGGCAUUCUGCCAACAGGAAAUCUCGAGGUUGCCUGAGUCGCUUUUGAAGCAGGAAUAUCACCGAGCAGAGCAGCGAUUGGCUAAAUACCAGCUGACACAAGCGCGUAUUGUCGAAGAAGGCAAUAUGGAGAGUUCAGGUUACGCAGUGAAAUGGGCAGUCAACACCUCACGCCAAGACGACGAGUCCAAGCUCGAGAUUCACUUCCAUCAAGUGUCUACGUGCGCUACCUUUCGGGACGACUACUUUAUUGCAGCAGAUGGUAUAUAUCCAACACAAUCCGUGUGGCUGCGAGACCGAGCCAUCGUCCAAAUGCUUCUAUCAAAGGGGUCAACAGCAACUCGAUGGCAGCGCAAUCUGAUGUGGGGCCUGACGUCUCUCCCAUUUCGUCCCCGUCCCCUUCGCCCUCUACAGCGCUAG